GGUGUUAUCGAGGUAGCAGGGCUCUACUUGUAAACAAUGAACAUCGGAGCUACGAACUGACUACGUCGCUACGGAUAAUAUCUUUAAGAGUGAUGCACCCCGGAGUGUUAAAGUAACGUUGUAUAACAUAAACAAAUAAACUUCAAACUCUACAAACUUUAAUCAACCACUCUAAAGAAUAUCAGAGUUGAACAUAUCAAAAUAAUUUAACAUAUCUAGUGAAUAUCUUAAUAAUAAGUUGUAUUUGUAACAUAGUAUUGUGUAUAUACUUCUGUAUAUCUUCACGUGGUGACUCCUUACUGAAACCCUAAAGCUGGUAUUGGCCGGGUUAGAUAGAAGCCUGUGAGAGUACUGGCCAAUGGGAGCAGAGGCCUCGCGCAGCCGUAGCAAUGGCGUAGCGCAGCGGAGUGCGGCGGGACGGCUACGAGCGACAGACGCUACCCCGGACCUGCUACGCUCAGAGACAGAAAAAUGUGUUAGUGAUGAGUGAGUACGUUUGAUGAAGAACAUCGGGUGUCCAACAUGCAGGGGCUACAAGCCGCCAAGGAAAAGGCGUCCGGCCUGUUUGCCAGCAAAUCCCUUGGCCUCAAGAACAGCCAAUAUGAAAACUUCCACGUGGAGCAGAAAGGCUACGACCAGAUGUUCGAUGGCGAAGAUAUGGAGACUCCACCGUCACCUGAUAGACCACCACCGCGACAAAUAGAUAAAUAUGUCCGAGCUGAGUGUCCAUGUCUCAGCGCCCGGUACACGGUAGCUCUGUUGGCCUGUUUCGGCUUCAGCAUCAUGUUUGGCAUGAGGUGUAACAUGAGCAUGGCGAAACUUAAGAUGACUGAGAAACAUAACACCUCAAGUGGCGUGGCUGAAGACACGCCAUUCAAUUGGACGGUAGCGGUUGAGUCCACCAUUGACUCGUCCUACUUCGCCGGGUACCUCAUCACGCAGGUCCCUGGCGGCUACCUCGCCUCCAUGUACCCCGCGAACAAGAUCUUCGGUGUUGCCAUCGUUGCGUCCGCCAUCUUCAACAUUGCCAUUCCCGGUGCUAUGGCUGUUGGUCCUGCGGCUGUUGUCAUCCUUAAAAUAGCACAAGGAUUCGUGGAGGGUGUGACGUAUCCGUCGUGCCACGGUAUAUGGCGCAUGUGGGCCCCGCCCAUGGAGCGCUCCAGGCUGGCCACCCUGGCGUUCUGCGGCACCUACGCUGGGAUCGUGAUAGGAAUGCCGCUCUCUGGUCUGCUCACUGAUUACAUCUCUUGGCAGACACCCUUCUACUUCUACGGAGUCUGCGGUGUUAUUUGGUACAUGGCGUGGCUGUGGCUUGUGUUCGAACGUCCCAGCAAACACCCGCACAUCUCAGGCAGGGAGCUGACGUACAUCGAGCAGUCUCUAGGAACCUCGACACAAGCCGCGAUGCCCGGCUUCUGGGCGACACCGUGGAAGGAGUUCGCGACUUCACCUCCGGUCUACGCGAUCAUUGUAGCCAACUUCUGCAGGACCUGGAACUUCUGCCUGCUUGUUAUUUUUCAAUCCGCGUACUUCAAUACACGAUUCAACAUGCAGAUAACAGAGUCGGGUUUCGUGGGCGCCAUUCCUCACUUGAUAAUGACGUCACUGGUGCCGAUCGGCGGGAUGAUGGCGGACUACUUACGAAAGAACAAUAUUAUGACAACCACCAACGUCAGGAAGCUCUUCAACUGCGGCGGAUUUGGGCUGGAAGCGUUCUUCUUUGUUCUUGUUGCGUACGCCGAUAAUAAGUACGUGGCCACAAUAGAGCUGACCCUCGGCGUGGCCUGCAGCGGCUUCGCGAUAUCUGGCUACAACGUCAACCAUCUGGACAUCGCUCCUCGAUACGCGUCCAUCCUCAUGGGCCUAUCCAACGGAAUCGGCACCAUUGCCGGCUUCAUAGUCCCCAUUGUGAUAGACUAUAUGACGCAGGAUAAGGAUAAAUACGAGAAGGCGAUAACAGAAUGGCGAGCGGUGUUCCUCAUGGGAGCGACUGUUCACUUCGUCGGCAUCACCAUUUACGGCAUAUUUGCUUCAGGAGAACUUCAACCGUGGGCGGAGCCCACCCCACCUUAUGAAGCCCCACUCAAAGCUCUGGACCAAGAAACCACCUUUACGGAACAAGCGUCAGCUCCCCUCAAGGGUUCAGAGCCACCUGCAUACGGCAGCAUCCUGCCCCCGCGGCCGCCGGCGCCCGCGGUGCAGCAGCACGUGCCCAACAACCCCUUCGUGUCUGGAGCCUUCUACCAAGCCGAGCCAGUCCAGCCACCUGCAGAACCCUACCACGAUCUAACUGAUGACGGCACUUAUUAAAUACUGUCAUACCUCGAAAUACAUUGUCUUCUGGACUCCGAAUUGCAACUUGUUAGUUUCUGAUUUCAAUAAGUAACUUACAAAACCAAUAGGUAACUAAAAUAUUAUUUUAAAUUUUAAUUAUUAUCUCAUUUCAAGUGUAUAUUUUGUGGAGUAAUUUAUAGUUUUAGUCAAAAUUAUUCAACAUUCCAAAUCAGCUCGAGCUCUGAGGUAAUAAACAUAAGUGAUUCAAACGAAUUAAGAACCUUUAUUAAUAAUAAAUUAAAAACUAUUUUGAGUUGUGAAAAUUAUAAUUAAUUUUCUAGUGGCCUAUAAAUCUAAAAGAGAGACGAGUAACUAACAUCAAAGAUUUUUCGUCAAAUUAAAAAAAAAUUAACGUCUUUAGAUUCGUAAAUUUCAGUGCGGCAAAAUUAAUAAGCGAAAAUUGAAGCUUUCAAAUGAGAAAAUUAAUGAAUGUUAGAGUUACUUUUAUGAGUCAACUUAAACUCCAACUCUCCAACAAGUUUUAUUCCUGUUGGCCAAGCAAGGAAAUAAAGUAAAAAAUAAUAAGAACUCACAAGAUACUUUUUUGUAUUUAAUGUAAAUUUAUUAAUUAUUGAAUAAUUAUUGACAGUUGGACAGAUAAUUGAAUUGAAGAGCUUAAAUAAUUCACUGUUGAAGUAAAGUUGCUUCAAAAAC